ACCCUGCGCGUCCGGCUGGGCCUCGCCCCGCAGAGGCCCUCCCGCUCCUUCUCUUCCCUCCCCGGCCGGAGGCACUAGCCUGUGCCCCCGCGCGGCCAUGGCUCAGCACUUCUCCCUGGCCGCCUGCGACGUGGUUGGCUUCGACCUGGACCACACUCUGUGUCGUUACAAUCUGCCCGAAAGCGCCCCGCUCAUUUAUAAUAGCUUUGCUCAGUUCCUAGUCAAGGAGAAAGGGUAUGAUAAAGAAUUGCUCACUGUAACCCCAGAGGAUUGGGAUUUCUGUUGCAAAGGUUUGGCAUUGGACCUAGAAGAUGGAACCUUCAUUAAACUUGCAGAUAAUGGCACUGUGCUCAGGGCAAGUCGUGGCACCAAGAUGAUGGCUCCUGACGUGCUAGCCAAGGAGUAUGGGGCAAAGGAGUGGAAGUACUUCGUGUCUGACACUGGCAUGCCCAGCCACCCAGGGAAAUAUUAUUUUUAUGAUAACUAUUUUGACCUGCCAGGAGCUCUCUUAUGUGCCAGGGUGGUGGAUUCUUUAACAAAGCAGAACAGUGGUCAAAAAACAUUUGAUUUUUGGAAGGAUAUAGUUGCUGGUAUUCAACACAAUUUUAAAAUGUCAGCUUUUAAGGGUGACAUUGACUACAUCAACAAACAAGGAUCCAUUCACUCACUUCCUCGCCAAAUUGAGGUCACCACAUAGUGAACAACAGUUUCUGGAUAACAGCCAUCUAUUUAGUAAGGCUCAUCCAUGCACUAGACUUUCCACACCACCUCCGUGUAGCUCACAACUUGUUGCUGAACCAGAAGGUGACAGACAGUGUGGCCAGGAAAUGAAGGCUUGUGUGGAGUUCUGUCUUUCCUUUUCGCAGUAUUAUGGGUAACUCUGCUCACAUCUAGAGUUUUUGCUGUGCAAAUGCCAUGCAGAACUCCAGCAACUUGUGUUAGAGAAUGAGCCUUCAAUUUGUUUAUGUAAGAACUACAAGAAUCUCUUACUUGACAGAGCCAAUUCCUUAGCCUAAAUAAGGACUUUUUUAUCUGGUAGUCUGAUUCCUGAUGUCACAGAGGAAGACAGACUCUUACAUGUUUGUCUUUCAUGAACUACAAACAGAAAAAUAAUUAAACAAGAAUAGAAAUGAUGUAAAAUUGUCAUUCAAAAAAUAUCAGAUGAAAAGGACGUGGAACUAUCUUCAGAAGUGAGUUUUAACCCAGAACUACCAUCAUCAGCCUUGAUGUUGACCAAAUGUUUUUGUACUCUGAGCCUCAGAUUAUCUGUUGACAAGACUGGAAAAGAAGGGUGUGUGUGAGUGUGUGUGGAGAGAGAGAGAC